AUGUGGAAAGCAGGCAAUGACCUGUUAGCCACUAGAUGGAACCUUUUCAAGAGAAAAAUUUUGAAUGACCCUCUAUGUCCAAUAUGCCAGACAGAUAAUGAAAUUGUGAUGCAUCUUUUAUGGCAGUGCCCGGCAGCCAAUGCUAUAUGGACAGAAAUGAUUAUUCCUAUUCAGAAAUGGAAUGUGGCUGAAGAUGACUUUCUAAGUAUGUGGGGAAGGAUGAAAGGAAAACUAACAGAACCUAAAUUGGAGUUGAUAGCAGCAACGAUGAGAAUGUUAUGGAUGAGGAGAAAUGAGUUAGUCUUUGACAAGAAGUUCAGAAGCCCAAUGAGUGCUAUCAGAGCUACAAAGGAAUCAUUACAGGAGUACCAGGCAGCAAAUCAAAUGCUAAAAAGGGGCAAUAGCUUAGCUAAGGCUGUAAGGCAGGGCCAACAUUGGGAGUUGCCAAAGGAGAAAUUUGUUAAAACAAACUGGGAUGCAGCAGUUGAUUUGAAAAAUAAGAAAGUGGGAAUAGGUAUAAUCAUCAGAGAUGAAAAGGGGGAUGUAUUGGCAGCAGCUUGUGGACAAAGGAAGUAUCUUCAUUAA